UGAGACGAGCAUCAGAUCAUCCCUGUCGAGAGCCCGCCUUGUUUCAAAGAUGGCGAUCUCUGCAUCCACUUUCCUUGCCGUCUUGUCCUUCUUUUCACUCAUUUUCUUCGCAUAUUCUCGAGAUUUUUCCAUCGUUGGGUAUGCGGAAGAGGAUCUUGUGGCAGAAGAUCGGCUGAUCGACCUGUUUGAGUCGUGGUUAUCCAAACACGGAAAAGCUUACGAUUCUUUUGAAGAGAAAAUGCAACGGUUCGAGAUAUUCAAGGACAAUCUUAUGCACAUAGACAGGGUGAACAGGAAGAACAAAAGCUAUUGGCUAGGGCUGAAUGAAUUUGCAGACAUGAGCCAUGAAGAGUUCAAGGCCAAGUAUCUGGGCACCAGGCCAAAAAGAAGAGAUCAUGGAGGUGCUGGUCAUGACGCAGGAAAUGGCUUUAGGUACAGCAACGUAGUUAGCAUUCCAAAGUCAGUCGAUUGGAGGAGGAAGGGAGCUGUCACUGCUGUGAAGAACCAAGGACAAUGCGGUAGCUGUUGGGCGUUUUCAACGGUAGCUGCCGUGGAGGGGAUCAACCAAAUUGUGACUGCAAAUCUAACAUCUCUUUCAGAGCAAGAACUCGUCGACUGCGACGACAACAACCACGGCUGCAACGGCGGCAUCAUUGACUACGCCUACUCGUUCAUUGUCAACAAUGGAGGUCUCCACAGGGAGGAGGACUAUCCCUACCUCAUGAGAGAGAACACGUGCUUGCAGAAGAAGGGUGAUCUGGAAGUUGUGACCAUCAGUGGGUACGAAGAUGUGCCGCCGAACGAUGAGAGCCUGUUAAAGGCGCUCGCACACCAACCUGUGGCUGUCGCCAUAGAGGCUUCAGGCCGAGACUUCCAAUUUUACAGCGGGGGGGUGUUCACUGGGCCUUGUUCCACUGACCUAGACCACGGAGUAACAGCAGUUGGGUAUGGCUCAACAAAGGGAAUGGACUACAUUAUCGUGAGGAACUCAUGGGGGCCAAAGUGGGGAGAAAAGGGUUAUAUCAGGAUGAAAAGGAACACCGGCAGCAGAGAAGGAUUGUGUGGAAUCAACAUGAUGGCAUCCUACCCUACAAAGGAUGCCUAAUUUUGAACGCUUCAAUAUGUAUGAAUGAGUUCUGAUGCAUGUUAUUUUGCUUCACUGUUUAAAUAAAACAUCUUGUAUGUGAUGAUUUGGACUUGAAUGGAGAUGCAUUCUUUUAUA